ACGGACGUGCAGGGGGCGGGGCUUUCCAGGCUCGGUGCGGCGGAGCGGCGCUUGGUCAGUCAGCGAGAGGCUGCAGGAGGAGCGGCAGCACGAGACCGACCCGGACACCCCGAAGCAUGCUGGGACACACCUGGACCCGGACCUGACCUGGAUUGCGUUAAGCGGAUUAUUUUCGCCUGAGAGUCCGCAGGAGGACCGUGAGACCACCGGUUGAUCCUGCAGAGGAGAGACCCGGUUUAUCUGACCCGGAUCACCGUCCCCAGUUGUCCGGACCAGGACAGCGUCCCCCCGGUGUCCCGCACCAUGCUGUGCCCUCAGUGAAGACCGCGGGGACAGGCGGGGGCAUGCGGCGGGAGGAUGCGGCGGAGCGGCAGCGCGGCGCGGUGCGGGAGCGGCUGGACGCCACCGGGUCCGGACUGGAGGAGCUGCAGCUGCUGCGGCGGCGGCAGGAGGAACGGGUCCGCGCCGCGCUGGAGGAGGAGCAGCAGGAGGAGCGCAGGGAGGAAAAGCUCCUGGAGGAGAACAUCCUGCUGCUCCGGAAACAGCUGAACUGUCUCCGGCGGAGGGACGCGGGACUCCUCAGCCAGCUGCAGGACCUGGACAGACAGAUCAGUGAGCUGCACCUGGACACAGAGGAGACGGACAGCCGGCCCAGCUCAGGGUUCUAUGAGUUGAGUGAUGGGGCGUCUGUCUCUCUCUCUAACUCAUCUAACUCUGUGUUCAGUGAGUGUUUCUGUUCCAUGGUUGAAGCUGAAGGACGCCUCCCAUCUACAGACGAGCCUGGAGGAUGUUUGGAGUGUGACGGUGUGUCUGGAGGACUCUGGGACAUCUCGUCCUCGUCGUCGGGGACGGUCCGGCGCUCGCUGUCGGCUCCCCACCCGUCCAGCCUGGACGCCAUCUCCUCGCCAUCCUGUGACUCUCAGUCCAGGUUCCACUGCGACCUGGUGGCCCAAAACGGCAGCGAUGUGUACCGCUAUCCAAGCCCGCUGCACGCUGUGGCGGUCCAGAGCCCUGGCUUCCUGCAGAUGCUGGGUCCCGACAGAGACGAUGGCCCUUUGAGGAGCGGUGAAGCCGGAGUUGAACCACUGAAACCAGAAUCUCUUCCAGCCUCUGUUUCAGCUCCUCUCGUGUCUCAGAGCUCAGAACCCUCUUCUUCUUCGUCUCAGAAGCGGCUGGACAGCUACAUCUUCAGCCUGCUGCAGCGGAGGGCGCUUCCUGUCAGGACCGGCAGACCCAGGACCAGCAUCAGCACGGACCCGUCAAAGAGCGUCCUGAGGCAGGCCGGUCUCUGUGUGAGGCAGCUGUCUGGACCCGGUCUAGGGACUCUGGGGGGGUCUGAAUUCAAACCCUCACGUUCGAGCGGAGCAGAAGGUGCGACUCCUGAGGACUUGAAGGAGCUGGGCAGUCCCAAAGCAAACUUCUCCUCAAAAGAGUCCAGUUUCUUUCCCCACCAGGAACUCAUCAAAUCACCGCCACUCAUCAGAACAUUCUGUGCCGCCGCCAGGAGCCCAAAGCCUCUGCAGACCGUCCCCACAGAGAAGGGGGACAGGUCGGUGCCAGAGUCUGCCAGUCUGGGCUCCUCGUCCCGGAGUCAGGAGGGAGAAGGAGCAGUGAGUCACAUGGGUGCCGUGUACGCUCCCGGGCAACGGCAGAGCAGCAAUGUGGCCACGACCACGAAGGCGAGUCGAGUCUCUGAGCGCAGCGAGGCGUCAGAGAGGAGAGUGGAUAAAUCUUGCCACAGGUCUGGUUCUAAGAAGUCUCGGCGGCUGGAAGACGUUAAAGUCUCCAAGAGAGCAGCUGGCUGCAGUGGCGGGGCACACGGGGCGUCCUCCAGGAUCAAACGCCUGCCUGCAUCCAUCCCAGAGGGCCGAGUUCUGGACAAAAACACCACAUGGACCCCAGGCAUCGCUCGGCCCGGUGUUUGCCGACACCACCACCAUCACGGACGCGACCCGGUCGUGGUUGUCGCCAAACCAAAGUACAAACGGAGCGACUACCGGCGUCUCCGAGCGUUCAUGGAAGUCCAGUACGACGAGGCGUUUAGGCGCGCUCAGCGACGGCAGAGAAAGGAGCUGCUGAGUCCCUCUGCUGAUGCGUUCCUCCCCGCCGCCGCCAAGCAGGCGAGCAGCCCAUACACCUACGUGGCAGGAAGUGACUCCGAGUACUCGGCCGAGUGCGCGUCGCUGUUUCACUCGACCAUUGCGGACACCAGCGAAGACGAGCGCUCUAACUACACCACCAACCGCUUCGGAGACAGCGAGUCCAGCAAGGAGGAGUUUGUGGAGGAGAGCUCCGCCGCUAGUGACACCGAGGAGAGCAGAGGAGGCGGGAGUAGGGCAGCGAGCUGGGGGCGGGGCCAGCCAGCUCUAGCUGGGGCUGGCAGGGCGGGACGAGAAGUGACUCCGGCGCAGGUGAAGGCCUUCGUCAAGAUCAAGGCCUCACACAACCUGAAGAAGAAGAUCCUGCGGUUCAGGUCGGGUUCCCUCAAACUCAUGACCACCGUGUGAGUCAGCUGACCUGGACACGGCGCGCCACGGGAUCCUCGUGUCCCUGCAGCGCCCCAACGGACAGAAAGACAGAACUGAUUCUUGUUUUACACUCAGACGCCUCUUCAGCCUGAGAGGUGCCAGUCUGACGCUUUAUAGAGAAUGUGUGGUCUUAUUCAUAGUAGGGCUGGGCGUUAUGGACGAAAAGUCAUAUCCCGAUAUAUUUAGGCUGAAUAUCAAUAUACGAUAUACAUCCCGAUAUUUUUAUCACUUUAUCAAGUGAGAGCAAAUUCAGUUAAAGUCAAAUAUGACAUGUCAAGUAGUUUUAUUGAAACUGUUUUAAAAAAAAUAGCCUAUGUAUUAAAAUAGGCCAAUCUUUUUCUGAAAUGAAUAUAUUUAUAUGAGAAAAGAAUAACAAACAUUACAAAAGAACUAAAUAAUGCAAACCCUUUUAAGGGCAGCAUUUAUAUAGAAAGCAGUUUGCCUGGAGCAAGGAUCACGGCUCAAAUUUGAACUAUAUCGAUAUAUGCGAUAUGGUCUCAUUCCGUAUACGAUACAAUUUUUUUUUUUAGGGCCGGGACUCGAUUAAAAAAAAUCAUGUAAUUAAUUAGAGGCUUUGUAAUUAAUUAAUCGAAAUUAAUCACAUUUUAAUCGCAUAUAGAUAUUUGAUCUGAGAACAGUGAGAGUAAGUCAUUUUUUCACAUGGAUUUUUAGUAUACCAUUGAAUAACUAAUAAUAAUAAUAAUUGAAUGACUGAAUACAUAAGCUUAAGCAACAACAAUAUUGUUUAUUUUUGUUCAUGUCCAACAGACCAGUGCAAUUUUUGCCAUUAAGUGUAGCAAUAGCAUAUUUAGAAAUAUAGUACAUUUCAGAAAUUCAGGUAGCCUAUAGGUAGGUAGACCUUCUGUAAACUAUAAUACUUUGGUUUUUUAAGUAAAACACAAUCCACGCUAGCUACCACACUAGCCGCUAGCUGCUAUAUGUUUUGCAUUGAGGUGAUACUUGAGGCUCGAUGUGCUGCGGUGAUAUGCUUGCACACAACCAUGCUCUUAUCGACGCUUCCAUCCGUUCGUUUUUUGUAACAAAAUUUCCCAUCCACGGGGCCAACCAAAGCGGUCUCAUCAGCUUCUUUGUUCAUGUUCACUGUGGUUUGCUGUUGUCUGAACUCAUGAAUGCUAGUUGGUGCUCCAGUAUAAUCCGCGGUGCAAAAAAAAGUGUGAUUAAAAUGCGUCAAUUUUUAAACGCGUUCAUUUUUGUGUAAUUAAUUAAUCUUAAUUAAAGCGUUAAAGUCCCGGCCCUAAUUUUUUUAUAUCGCCCAGCCCUAAUUCGCAGCUUGUUUCGUGUCUCGCGGUGAUGUCAUCACUUCUCUUCUCCUGCUCCUCAGUGUGACGUUUAUAUCCUAAAACAACACGUCUGUUGAAGUUGCAGAAGCUACUUGAUCGCGAUCAUGUCAUCUUAACUUCUGAGUCUAAAUGUAGCUUCUUGUGGAGAUCUAAGGUGGAACAGCAGCAGGUUGUUCUCAUGGACUCAUUUCAGACCCAGUUCAUGAUAUCAAAGUAAUCACCACAGCUGCCAACACGAAAUAUCACUUAAAAAAACACUUAAAUAUGUUCCACUGAUCCAACAGUUCUAUCUGCUGGAUCACACUGUGUGUGUGUGUGUGUGUGUGUGUGUGUGCAUGCGUGCGUGCGUGCGUGCAGGUGUGUGUAAGUCCUGCCUCCAGGAUUCUUGCAUCAGAUGCUUCUGUCUGUAAAGAGGGGCAGGGUUUGGAGUUUUGAUCCAGCCAAUCAAAUUGGCUUCCCCAACUCCCGCUCUCGUUCCAGGCCCAACAAGUGACUAUGUAGACCUGGCUCUUAGGAGACAUCACGGUCAAACUGGUACCUGGUAUUGCAGGGUGUCUCUCCUCAGGGACCAGGAACCUUCUGAUGAACUCAGUGGGUCAGGACCUAGAGUCCUUUCUAAACGUAGACUAGCCCAGAAUCACUAUCUAUGAUUGGUCGAAUACACACAGCAACUUGUCGGACCUCCAUGGGUCUCUAGACCGCUUAGACCACAUCAGGUUUUAGAUCAUGGAAGAGUAGUUCUGUCCAGUUUUUAGGCUAAUCCAGUCCGUGUAGUCCCGUGUAGUCCCGUGAGUCCGAAAACAUCGUAGAUUGAAAGACUUCAGAAGCAGUCUGAGGUCUUCUGUGUCUCUGGGACUCGUCCUCUGGUGCUCUGAUCUCUGGUCCUCUGGUCUCUAGCUGCAGUCAGAACAUCACAGAGUUCUGUAGAAACUUUAAUUUCUUUUCUUCUGUGUCUCCGGGACUCGUCCUCUGGUCCUCUGGUCUCUAGCUGCAGUCAGAACAUCACAGACUUCUGUAGAAACUUUAAUUCUGGUGCUUCUUCAAAUGUUUUAGACUCUUAACAGUUGUUUCAGUGUCCACACCGCAGGAAUGAUUGUAGUUGUCAGAACAUCGUGUUGAGGGACGUUUUCAGAGUCUGUUCUCCCCGAACACAAGAGGAACCUUGAGUCAUGUAAGUGUUCUGUGAUUGGUGGAACCCAUGGACCGUUCAAGAACUGCCAGCCGCCGUUCUGACCGACCAGCCGGCUCUCACCAUGGCAGGGUUCCUGCAAACAGGAAGAAAAGCCUAGAAGGUUUGUGACUCUUAGAACACCUGAAGAGGGUUCUCCAGAGGGUUCUUUAGAGGGUUUUAUAGAGGGUUCUAUGGGGGGUUAUCUAGAAGGUUCUUCAGAGGGUUCUUUAGAGGGUUUCAAAUGUUCCGAACAUGUGCUAAGGGUUCAGGUCUUGUGGUUGGUGCAGUGAUGUCCUAACAUCCUGCAGCGAGACACACUGUUACUGGACGGGAGGACAGAGGACGUCUCCCUGUUGGUCUGUUGUCUGUAUUUAGCUUUUGUUUUGUAUUUAUUUCCAUAUGACGUUCUCUUGAUUCCAUGUCUGUAAAUCUUUUGUUUUUAUUGGAUGUUUUUGAUGAAAGCUAUUUAAACUAAUAUAUAUAUUUGCUUGGUGCUGACUGAAGCCACACGGUGCUGCGAACAACCAGCUUGACGACAUCUGACUGUUUAUUCAACACUUUUUGUAUCUGUACCUUUUAUAAAUCUGCCACGAUGUGAAAUAAAGUCAGGCCUUCACCAUCCUGGGAAAAAAAACUGAU